GGUCGCGCCUGCGCACUGGCAGCUGGCCGGGCGCUCGCAGGGGGAGCUGCUGCAGGCUCCGCGGCGGCGGCGGCGGCGGCGGCAACGGAGGCUGCGGGGGCGGCGGCGCGAGCGGCCGGGCUUGGUAGGGGAGCCGAGCCCGGCCCGGGAACCCGAGCAGCGAGAGUGCGGGGUACCUAGGCCCCUCACGCUGGACUUCACAGUCUCCGGGCCGCCUGACCUCCGCACGGGUAUAUGGGAUGGAAGCGGGACCCUCGGGAGCAGCUGCGGGCGCUUACCUGCCCCCCCUGCAGCAGGUGUUCCAGGCACCUCGCCGGCCUGGCAUUGGCACUGUGGGGAAACCAAUCAAGCUCCUGGCCAAUUACUUUGAGGUGGACAUCCCUAAGAUCGACGUGUACCACUACGAGGUGGACAUCAAGCCGGAUAAGUGUCCCCGUAGAGUCAACCGGGAAGUGGUGGAAUACAUGGUCCAGCAUUUCAAGCCUCAGAUCUUUGGUGAUCGCAAGCCUGUGUAUGAUGGAAAGAAGAACAUUUACACUGUCACAGCACUGCCCAUUGGCAACGAACGGGUCGACUUUGAGGUGACAAUCCCUGGGGAAGGGAAGGAUCGAAUCUUUAAGGUCUCCAUCAAGUGGCUAGCCAUUGUGAGCUGGCGAAUGCUGCAUGAGGCCCUGGUCAGCGGCCAGAUCCCUGUUCCCCUGGAGUCUGUGCAAGCCCUGGAUGUGGCCAUGAGGCACCUGGCAUCCAUGAGGUACACCCCUGUGGGCCGCUCCUUCUUCUCACCGCCUGAGGGCUACUACCACCCGCUGGGGGGUGGGCGCGAGGUCUGGUUCGGCUUUCACCAGUCUGUGCGCCCUGCCAUGUGGAAGAUGAUGCUCAACAUUGAUGUCUCAGCCACUGCCUUCUAUAAGGCACAGCCAGUGAUUGAGUUCAUGUGUGAGGUGCUGGACAUCAGGAACAUAGAUGAGCAGCCCAAGCCCCUCACGGACUCUCAGCGCGUUCGCUUCACCAAGGAGAUCAAGGGCCUGAAGGUGGAAGUCACCCACUGUGGACAGAUGAAGAGGAAAUACCGCGUGUGUAAUGUUACCCGUCGCCCUGCUAGCCAUCAGACAUUCCCCUUACAGCUGGAGAGUGGACAGACUGUGGAGUGCACAGUGGCACAGUAUUUCAAGCAGAAAUAUAACCUUCAGCUCAAGUAUCCCCAUCUGCCCUGCCUACAGGUUGGCCAGGAACAAAAGCAUACCUACCUUCCCCUAGAGGUCUGUAACAUUGUGGCUGGGCAACGCUGUAUUAAAAAGCUGACCGACAACCAGACUUCGACCAUGAUAAAGGCCACAGCUAGAUCCGCUCCAGACAGACAGGAGGAGAUCAGUCGCCUGAUGAAGAAUGCCAGCUACAACUUAGAUCCCUACAUCCAGGAAUUUGGGAUCAAAGUGAAGGAUGACAUGACGGAGGUGACAGGGCGAGUGCUGCCGGCGCCCAUCUUGCAGUACGGCGGCCGGAACCGGGCCAUUGCCACACCCAAUCAGGGUGUCUGGGACAUGCGGGGGAAACAGUUCUACAAUGGGAUUGAGAUCAAAGUCUGGGCCAUCGCCUGCUUCGCACCCCAAAAACAGUGUCGAGAAGAGGUGCUCAAGAACUUCACAGACCAGCUGCGGAAGAUUUCCAAGGAUGCGGGGAUGCCUAUCCAGGGUCAGCCUUGUUUCUGCAAAUAUGCCCAGGGGGCAGACAGCGUGGAGCCUAUGUUCCGGCAUCUCAAGAACACCUACUCAGGGCUGCAGCUCAUUAUUGUCAUCCUGCCAGGGAAGACGCCAGUGUAUGCUGAGGUGAAACGUGUUGGAGAUACACUCUUGGGAAUGGCUACACAGUGUGUGCAGGUGAAGAAUGUGGUCAAGACCUCACCUCAGACUCUGUCCAACCUCUGCCUCAAGAUCAAUGUCAAACUUGGUGGCAUUAACAACAUCCUAGUCCCACACCAGCGCUCUGCCGUUUUUCAACAGCCAGUGAUAUUCCUGGGAGCAGAUGUUACACACCCCCCAGCAGGGGAUGGGAAAAAACCUUCUAUCACAGCAGUGGUAGGCAGUAUGGAUGCCCACCCCAGCCGAUACUGUGCUACAGUGCGGGUACAGCGACCACGCCAAGAGAUCAUUGAAGACUUGUCCUACAUGGUGCGUGAGCUCCUCAUCCAGUUCUACAAGUCCACCCGCUUCAAGCCUACCCGCAUCAUCUUCUACCGAGAUGGGGUCCCUGAAGGCCAGCUACCCCAGAUACUCCACUAUGAGCUACUGGCCAUUCGUGAUGCCUGCAUCAAACUGGAAAAGGACUACCAGCCUGGGAUCACUUAUAUUGUGGUGCAGAAACGCCAUCACACCCGCCUUUUCUGUGCUGACAAGAACGAGCGAAUUGGGAAGAGUGGUAACAUCCCAGCUGGGACCACAGUGGACACCAACAUCACCCACCCAUUUGAGUUUGACUUCUAUCUGUGCAGCCAUGCAGGCAUCCAGGGCACCAGCCGACCAUCCCAUUACUAUGUUCUUUGGGAUGACAACCGUUUCACAGCGGAUGAGCUCCAGAUCCUGACGUACCAGCUGUGCCACACUUACGUACGAUGCACACGCUCUGUCUCUAUCCCAGCACCUGCCUACUAUGCCCGCCUGGUGGCUUUCCGGGCACGAUACCACCUGGUGGACAAGGAGCAUGACAGUGGAGAGGGGAGCCACAUAUCGGGGCAAAGCAAUGGGCGGGACCCCCAGGCCCUGGCCAAAGCCGUGCAGGUUCAUCAGGAUACUCUGCGCACCAUGUACUUCGCUUGAAGGCAGAACGCUGUUACCUCACUGGAUAGAAGAAAGCUUUCCAAGCCCCAGGAGCUGUGCCACCCAAAUCCAGAGGAAGCAAGGAGGAGGGAGGUGGGGUAGGGAGGAGUGUAGGACGCCUUGUUUCCUUCUGUAGAGGUGGUGUAAGAGUGGGGAACAGGGCCAGCAAGACAGACCACCAGCCAGAAAUCUCUGAUAUCAACCUCAUGUCCCCCACCCCUCACCCCAUCUUGUCACAUCUGGCCCUGACCCCAGUGGACCAAAAGGGGCAGCACUGGUGCCCACCAUACACACAGGUGUCUCAUGUGACUCACAGUGCUAAAGACUCAUGCUUGACAGCUUGGUAAGGUCAACUCUGUAGCCCUGCAGACAAAAGCUGGUUAGGUUUGGGUUUGAUACUUUAGAUGGGAAAGUGAGGGGCUUGAGAAAGUGGGUGGGAGGAGGGAAGGAUUUUUUAGGAGCCUUAAUCAGAAAAGGACUAGAUUUGUUUAAGAAGAAAAAUGAAACCAGACCCAGAUCAAUAUUUUAGGAUACUAGAUGUUUUAAUGGGUUCAGAAUCCAGUUUGUAGGAAGAUUUUUUAAUGGUUUUGGUUGCUCCUCCCCCAGCUGCCACCCCCCCUUCCCCUUAUUCCUCUCUGUCCACAUUUUCUGCCCCACCUUACUUCUCCUCCCUGACAGACAUCCAGCCCCUAGUAAUACUUAAGGCACUAUGGCACUUAGCUUUGAAGUGACACGACCCUGUCUUCCUUCCGCCCGCUGGUGGGUAACCAGUGCCUUCCCUGUAACGGUAAUGCUGCAGAACUGCAACCUUUUGUACCUUUCUUUGGGGAAUGGGGUGGGGGUGGGAGAGGAGGUAGAUGGGGAAGAAAUACCCCAGACCCAACAAACCUCCAGCCAGAAAGCCAGCUAUUUUGCAUUUGAAGGAAUUGACUUCCUCAUUCAUUGAGCUUUUUAAAAGAUCACAACCUCAAGAUGGUUAAAAUCCAUUGACAUUUGCACUUUCAAACGUGACAAGUCUCCGAGCUGCUGAGAUGACUGGCCCCUGGCCUUUCCACUUAUGCCUCCUUUUCUCCUUGUUCCUCCUACCUCCCACCCCACCCAGGUCUGGAGUUACUUUCAUAGCAUUUUUCACUCUUGGCUUCUUUUCUCCCUUGAUGGUCAAGUCUCUUGUGUUUCAAUAUUUCUUAACUGGGGUGUCUUAUAACAAAAAACUCGUAGGUCUAAAAUGAGAAAAAAGAGAGAAAACAAAAUGUUAUUUUUAUACCAUAACUUGAGUGUAUUGCCAAAAUUCGGAAAUCCUUCCCAUGCCUGAUGAGUUUAUAUCCCGGAAACAUUGAGCCAUCAGAAUGAACUGUGUACCUGAUUUGUUCUCUGACCUGGCUAGGUAGGGAGGGGGUGGUUAUCACCCCAAGAUGGGGUCCGGGCUCCAUCCUUCCUCUGUGCAGAUAAUACCUUUCUCUUGCUGUAGCCUCCCUCCUCUGCACUGUCCUGCACUCUUUCUUGCAAGUGCAUCUUUUUCCUUCCUCUGGACUGUCCUCUGACCCUUUGGCUCAUCCUAGAUUCCAGUGUGUCCUGUGGACAGGCUGGGGAAUUUUGCUGCUCCCUAUUGCUUCUGUUUACACAAAUGAAUUUUUCCUGGUUUCCCACUAGGGCAUGUGAGUGGGUGGCAUGAGCUUUUUUUUUUCUUUUUGUCUUGAGACAUGGGGUUUGGCUGUCUUGCAGGACUGGAGAAGGUGGUGGUUCUAGCUUGGUCUCUGCUGGCCUUGAAGCAAGCAUCCCCCCCUGCCCUUUUUCCUUGACUGUUCAUUUUUUUCCUGCCCCACCACUUGGGAUGGGGAGUUGCAACUUCAGUGUGGAAUUUCCUCUUUUUGAGGAGCCUGGGUUUGGAUCUAUCUGAUCUGGUGAUGAAGCCAUGAUUACUUUAGACCUAACCCAGGCUUGGAGGCCAGCCGGAGGCAGGAGGGUCUGAAUCCUGGCCUAUAGAGUUAGAACUACUGUUUCCUCUCCUCAGCUGCCCUUGUAUGACCUGGAUUUGCUAUGCAAAACAAUCUGUCCCAGGUUCUGUUCUGGUUGGCUACAUUGUUCAGCAACUCACAAAACGUAGCACAAACAUUCAUUAUGGAGAAAGCAUCAGGACUGUUGAGUAACUCCUCCUUUACUUUUUUCCUGCUGGCUACAGCAUGGGGUGCCCUAUAGGCACAAGCCCAGCUGAAGAACAGAAUGGAGGGCUCUGGGAGGAGGCAGCUCACUGGAGAGCCUACAUUCCUUACACAAGUGCCUAAAGAGAGUGAUGCUAACACUCCAUCUGCCCUGUCCAUUGCCUUCAUAUACAGUCUACUUCGUGUUCUGUCACCCUUUGGGGAGGGGAGCUCUUCUGGGACAGUGGGCUCUGCAUGUUCUCUACUUGGGUACAUUUUGGGGCUAGGAUCAGGGCACUAUUCCUGGAGGGUCCAGUCAUUCACCAGCAUUUGCAAAUGUCCAUAGGGAGCAGGUGGCAGCCUCUACUCCCAGCAACAAGUUUGUGUUCUCUCCUUUUCUCUCUCUGCCUCACUCUCUCCAGUUGGUUAUCAGCUGGGGCUUGAAAUGCAUUUUUAGCCCUUUGGCAUGGCAUAUGCCAUUCAAGAAAUAAAAAAGCAAGAGAAUCAGCUUUGGGCAAUGACAAGAAAUGACUUCUUACUCUGAUUUUUUGGUAAAAAAAUAAUUUUUGAGACUUGAAAAAUAACCCUGACCUUGAGGAUUAUUCUUGUUUGAAAGGUGGUGGAUGCAGAUGGAGAAGUGGUGUUGGCAGCAAGCUUUGGCUCAUGUGGAUUUGGUUUAAGUGGUGCUUCUUACCCAAGCUUCAAGGAAGUGCUUGGGGGACCCCCAGCCUCAUCCUCUUAGAUGGGUCUCUUGCUCCCUUUGUACCACUGUUUUGCCUUCCUUUUCCUCUUCUCUUUUUCCCUGGCUUCCUUUCCCUUUUCUACUAUUCACUCUGCUUGCUUGCUGGCCGGCCUGCCUGCCUGCCUGCCUGCCUGCCUAUGUGAUGAUGAAAUCUCUGCAUGGCUGCAAUGAUCCCACUGUUAGCUGGCAAGGUCAGGCUUAGCUCCUUGACUGCAGACGACCAAGAACCUGUUCCCCAAGCCCAGAGAUGUUCACCUGGGCUGGACUGCCCUCAAGCUUAUACUAGAGAAGAGCAACUGACCUGCCCAACUUGUGUGAAGUCAGGAGGGUUUCUGGCAUUUUCCACACCUGUCCACUCCUUGGAGCUGGUUUCUCUCAUUGCUUUUACUAAAUCUGGUUCUUUUUCUCUUUACCUGGGGCCUGCCUUUUCUGAGAUUGUCUUAGGGUUGAGCUACUUGGGUAUCCUGGGCUUGAGUGUUAGGGGAUGGACAUAAGGGAAAGAGUGAUGAGAAGAGAAUGGAGAGAAUUUGAAUAAAAGGUGGGAAAGGAGAGAGCCCUGUUCUUUGAUUGUUUAUCUAGUCCAACCUGAUCCAUUAGGGAUUGAGGUGCUACACUGGCCUCCAGGGAUAAGCCUGGGGCUAUUGUUGCUGGGAACUUAUGCUUAACAUAAAGCCGAAGAAGAAGGUACCUAGAAUUUUGAAACUUCCCUAAAAAGCUCCUAAUGCCCACCUGCUAGAUAGCUUCUCUGUGGCCUCCUAUUUAGCUAAGCAGCAGUGUUUUUGGAUACUUCUCUUCUGUUUGUGAAUAAGGCCAGCACUCAAGAUGGGCAGACAAGGGCACGCUAUUAGCUGGCCCAUAGGAUAUCUGUAAGGCUGGUGGGACAAUUUUGGACCUGGAAUCCUGUGAACUAACAAGGUUGGAAGUUUCUUCCCCUUCAGGGUAGAAAAAUCAUCUCAAACUAGCCAAAAGGCAGUUUUGGAAACUACAUUGGGGGAAGUUAUUUUUAUUUAUAUAUGGGGCCUAGGCCAAUCCAGGAUGGUAGCUGGAAUACCUUCCUUCUUAAAAUCUGAUCAUGGCAGGGAUAUGCAGGGCACUUUUUACUAUUUGGCCUUCUAAGCAGAUUGGGAAGGAGGUAUUUUCUGGUUUUCUCUUUCCUCCAACUUAAUAGGACUUGCCUUCUCCCUGGGCAGGGAGAGAGGCUGGGUUGGUGCUCUCCCCUUACUCUACUCACACUGACUUAGAACCUCUGGCUGCUGUUUGGGCAUCCAAGAAAGGGAGGGGAAGGAAUGAGCUAAAAACAAAACAGAAUGAGGUGGGAAAGGGAGAUUUCCUUCUCUACAGAGGAAAAUAGGAAACCCUCCAAGAAUUGUGCAAGUAAAGACAUUCGUCAAAUGCACUGAGUCCCUUGGUGUAGUAGCAAUAAGGAAAAAUGAAAUUACUUUCCUGUGCACACAGUCCAGCCUAAUUGGUGUGUGAUGUUGCACUUAGCAGCCAUGUGGUGGGCAUGUGUGACUACUCUGGGUUUCACUUUAGUUUCUAAACUUUUUAUCCCUCUCAAGUCCAGCAUGGAUGGGGAAAUGUCUCUGGAUCCCCACAGCUGUGUACUUGUUUGCAUUUGUUUCCCUUUGAGACUUGUGUUUGUGUCCUGCUUUGAGCUGUACCUUGUCCAGUCCAUCGUGAAACUAUCCCAGCAGCUGUAAUGUACAGUUCCUUCUGAAGCAAGCAACAGCAGCAGCAGCAGCAGCAGCAGCAGCAGCAGCAGCAGCAGCAGCACAAUUCUGUGUUUUAUAAAGACAACAGUGGCUUCUAUUUCU